CAACGUUGGCGAACCGCACAAAUCUCACAGAUGUGCACAUUGCACCACUUCGUAUGUAGGUAUGACAUAUCGUAGUCGGAUCGAAUCGAAAACUGACAACUGCCUGCACAUGUUGAAAAAAAACGAGUGGGCGCCUUAUUUUAGAACCCAAUUACAACAACAUGUAGAAGCAUCUCUACUCAAAUCGAAGCCAUUAAUUAGCUUUGGCUGCUUAUGACUCACCUAAUCGUCAGUGUUUAUACUUUUUAGCCUUCGGGUCGAAGUGGAUUUAAAUUCCUAUGCUAAACAAAGCGUGUGCAACAAAUCAAAUGUGAUAGAGAUAAAAAAAAUAUCGGUUUGCCAAGAAAUUACCACCAAAGCUUUCGCUUUGAAGCAUUCAGCUAUAGGGUAAUAAGGAGCAUGUUAUUAUCCAAGGCAGUGAGGUUUUUGUUGCUCGUCACAACGCUGAAUGCCCUGAAGUGCACGUCAGCAAACUUGCCUGAGCUGGAAGACCCAUGUCGGGGUUUGAAGGAUGACAUCAUGAUGCACAUUGACGAUCUUUGGUGGCAAUUAAAAGACGCGAUUCAGACAGUUACGGAGAAGACUAGCGAACUUGCUAAUGAUGCCAUGGACACUGUGCAAAGCCCUGAACGCCGGAAAGAGAUGUACACGAUGAUCUCCGACAGGCUACUUAUCAGCGAUCUACUUAAACAUCUCGACAACACUUUUCAUACCGUUUUGCAGAAAACUGGCGAAUUCGCACAGGGAGCUAUGGAUGCUAUGAAGCAUCCCGAGCGUCGACGGGCGCUUCUUGCCAGAAUCACCAACGCAAUGAAUGCCCAACUCCAAAAAAUCUCCCAACAUUCAUGGGUAGAGAAGAUGAUCACCAUGACGAAUCGCUUCAAUCACUGCCUACGACGAGCUGCUGGUACACUCAGGAAAGCUGGAUACGAGAUUUACAACAUUUUCGUUGAGGAGUUUAAGGGUGUCAAUUCCUAAUGAUUUCGAUUUGUAUAUAAAUAGAGCUACUAAUAUAUGGCAUCCUUAUAUACUCAUCUGUACAGUCAAAAUGACACUAAUCUAAAACCUCGACUGUUAAACAUAUCUAAAAACCACCGUGCUCUUAUUAAUAUUAUGUGUAAACUUCGACUCAACCUUCGUCGAAAUAAAUCAUAUUACCACCCAUUA